UCGUUGCCGCUCCUCUUAAGGGAAGUAGCGCCGCCAUUUUCUCUGGCGGACUGAAGUGAACGUUUGCGGUUCCGCACGGGCGAAACGAGUUUCCUGAAAAACGCUCUGCCAUUGCCGUGAGCGUCGGUCUCCUUUCAGGCGGUAGAGCGGAGGCAGAAGCGAAGCUUGGAAUAGAAUGAGUGGCUGUCGUGUCUUUGUUGGGCGUUUAAGCCCCCAUGCUCGGGAACGAGAUGUAGAGAAAUUUUUCAAAGGAUAUGGCCGUAUACGUGAGAUUAAUCUCAAAAAUGGCUUUGGUUUUGUGGAAUUUGAGGAUCACAGAGAUGCAGAUGAUGCAGUUUAUGAAUUGAAUGGCAAAGAGCUGUGUAAUGAAAGGGUUACAAUUGAACAUGCCAGAGCCCGAAGAGGGGGUAGGGGCAGAUACCCACAACGGUUCAAUUAUUACCAGUCUUAUGCGGGUGGAUCUAGUCAGUAUGGUCCACCUCUUCGUACUGAACACAGACUUAUAGUUGAGAAUCUAUCUUCACGGGUCAGCUGGCAGGAUUUGAAAGACUUCAUGAGGAAAGCUGGGGAAGUUACUUUUGUGGAUGCUCACAGAAACAAUCCAAAUGAAGGUGUGGUAGAGUUUGCAUCAUCCAGUGAUAUGAAGAGUGCAAUGGAUAAAUUGGAUGGCAGUGAGUUGAAUGGACGUAGAAUUAAACUAAUUGAAGAUCGCAAAAGGCGCAGGAGCCGGUCUCGUUCUCGAAGUUAUUCAAGGUCUCGCAGCAAGUCCAGAUCUGCAAGAUCCUCUAAGUCAACCAGCAAGUCUCGUUCUAAAAGCCGCACCCCAGAAAAAAGGGGCUCUCGAAGCCGUACACCUGAAAGGAAAAGCUCUGAAAAAAACCACUCUGGCACGCAGAAUUCCACUCCAUCUCCACCACCAAAGAAGAGGUCUCGCUCAAGGUCAAGUUCUGCUGAAAGCUGUACUUAAAAAAGAUAUUUUGAGAAAUGUAUAAAUGUUUAAUUUCCAAAUCACAUUUUCUACAAGCUUAAAUAAGUUGUGGGUGGGGGUGCUCUCAAAUGAGCACAGGCAUCUGAAGAGUACGUAGGUAGGUAAAUUGUAAACAGUAAAAAAAAACAAAAAACAAUAAAUUGGCAAAUUAUAAUUACUCAAAUUGUACUAUGCACUGUGUUGAGGCCUUGCUGAAUAAAGUAGGACACAUUGGGAGUGUUUUCCUCAUUGGUAUAUUCAAUGAAUUUAAGACCUAGACUUUGGUGUUGCUUUUCGGAAUCCUUUGUGCUUUGUACAUUGAUUGUUUUGUACUUAGCAACCAAUAAACCACCAAGUUAACUACUAAUGUGAAAUUUGAAGGUGGACAUAGCAGCUCUGUUUAAUAGUGCACAGAAAAGUAUGUUGAUCUUGAAUGAUUAGUUGCUUAUACUACACUAAUAUUUAUAUAUCAAAAUAGCAAAUCUCAGAAAUGUUUAAUGUUACCAGGUUAAGUUGUGAUACUUUUUGGAAUGCUAGUUUAAGUUAGUUCUUGGUUGAGAAGCGUGUUUCCACUUUGAGUUUGCUCUGGACUGGUAAUGAAUUUUUCAUAAUAUUCCAAGUAGAAAGGAAUCUUCAAUACAGCAGUUCAGUAAAAUAUUUCAUCCAUUUAUGAGAACGCUGUCAUUUUGUAGAGGAUGCCCUUAAAAUUUAAAGACAUGCUCCUCUUACUGAAGCUCCAAGUUUUUAUUUUAAUAGCAUACAAGAGUAUUGUUCUUUCUAUAUGGCUUCCAGUACAAAAGAGUAAUUGUUAGAGGUACAUGAAGUAUUGGAAGCAGUAAAUUGUCAAAUAUAAUGGAGGAUAAUAUUCAGUUGUCAAGGUAAGUAAAAGCUUAAUGUAUUUGUGAUUUUAUGAAUGCUAAAUUGUGAAAUGGCAUUUUUCUUAGUUCUACAAAACAUGAUUUAGCUUUUAUUAAUAGCUAGUACUUUGCUAAUCCUUAGCUUUGAGAUCAACUAAAUUAUCUGGCUUCCAUGUAGUUAAAAUGAGGGAAUCCAUUUGAAAUAUUUGUAAGCAACCUUAAAAAUGUUUAAAUGUACCAAUGUGCUAUAGUAUAUAAAUCUCCCCUGUAUCCCAUGCUUUCUGCAGCUUUGGCGGUCUUUGUGUUGCUCAUUUAAGCUACAUUGGUAAACUUUUCUUUGUUAACAACAGUUUUGUUUCCAAUAAAAUUGAUAAACGAAGAA